AUGGCGAAUUUGAUCCUUAAACAAACUCUAAUCAUACUCCUAAUCAUAUUUUCAUCAUCCACCUUGAGUUCUCAGGCUCGAAUCCUCCGUGCUGAUCACGCCGCAACCAUGGGAAAUAUGGAUAGUCAGGUUCUCCUACGUGAGCUCGGGUUCGAUCUCUCCAAGUUUAAAGGCCAUAACGAAGGACGGUUUUUAGUGGAUUCCGACAGGGUUUCACCCGGAGGUCCAGAUCCGCAACACCAUUGA